AUGGCUGCUUCCACGCCUUACCUUAUCAUACUCUUGUGUGCCGCCAGCCUCCUACAGGCGUCGCUCACGGCAGCGAACCCACCACCACCGCCACAGCAGCCGUGGCGGCUGCCGGAAUCCGAGUCGAGGGCCAGGUUUUCCAGGUGGAUGACCAAGUAUUCGAAGACCUACGCGAACGAAGAGGAUAAGGAGAUGCGGUUCGGGGUCUUCAGGGACAACCUCAACAAGAUCGGCGCCUUCAGCGCCCAGACCAGUACCACCGUCGUCGUUGGGGGGUUCGGGCCGCAGACCAUCACGACUGUCAGGGUGGGCAUGAACAGGUUCGGUGAUCUCGAACCCGCCGAGGUCGCCGCGCAGUUCACCGGGUUCAACAGCACCGGCUCCCAGCCCCCGCGUCCCACCUUCCUUCCUUACGACUCCGCGAAGCCGUGCUGCGUCGACUGGCGUUCCAGCGGCGCCGUCACCGGCGUCAAGUUUCAGGGCACUUGCUUGUCUUGCUGGGCGUUCGCUGCGGUGGCGGCGAUCGAAGGCAUGAACAAGAUCAGGACCGGGGAGCUGGUGUCUCUGUCGGAGCAGCAGCUGGUGGACUGCGACACCGGGAGCAGCGGCUGUGGUGGUGGCCGCGUGGACACCGCUCUGGACCUCGUGGCCGGCCGCGGCGGCAUCACGUCGGAGACGAAGUAUCCGUACAGCGGAUUCAACGGCAGGUGCGACGUCGAUAAGCUCCUCUUCGACCGCGACGUCGCCGUCAAGGGCUUCAAGGCCGUGCCCAUCAACGACGAGCGGCAGCUCGCGCUCGCCGUGGCGCGGCAGCCCGUCACGGUCUACAUCGACGCCAGCGAAUGGGAUUUCCAGUUCUACUCCAGCGGCAUCUACCGCGGCCCCUGCUCCGGCGACCCGGCCAAGGUCAACCACGCCGUCACCAUCGUCGGCUACUGCGAGGAGUUCGGCGAGAAGUUCUGGCUCGCCAAGAACUCGUGGAGCAACGACUGGGGUGAGCAGGGAUAUAUCAAGCUCGCCAAGGACGUGCCAUGGUCCACCGGCACCUGCGCCCUCGCCAGCUCCCCUUUCUAUCCCACUGCUUGA